CUCCUUUUCCAUCAGUUUGUCACCACAGGUCCAGACUAGCUACAAGUUCCACGUUCGAAGUCGAAAACAGAAAACAAUCAUGACCGUCUCGAAGGCUGAUCGCAGGUCCAGGAUGCUGCAUGGCCUCGUCAUGCGUGUGCUCAUUUACAGCACGGUCCUAGUGGUGACGGUGGGGAGAGUCGAAGCUGCCGAUCCCGAUCCUCUCGUCGACUUUUCAGCAAACGCUAACACGCCAGUAUUCCGCGACAUCUUUGCCAAUGGAGAUGUAACUAAUGGAUCUGGAGGCGUUCGAGCGGGUCUCGACAUCGGGAAAUUCCCUGGCCUUACGUCCGAGGGUCUGACCGUCGUACAGUUCAAAAUGGUUCCAUGUGGAGAGAACAUACCACACACGCACCCACGUGCUACAGAGCUCCUUUCGCUGAUCAGCGGCGGCCCACUCCAGGCUGGUUUCGUCGACACCAAAGGAGAAGCUCAUAUCCACAUUUUGUACCCGGGAGAUCUCAUCGUAUUUCCUCGCGGGUUGAUGCAUUUUGAACUGAAUGUUGGUACAGAAGAGGCUUUUUACAUUUCUGCUCUGAAUAGCCAAAAUCCGGGCACUCUCGACUCUGCUGGAGCAGUUCUGCAGUUGCCGGAUCGAGCAGCUGCCAUAGCUCUCAAUCAAGAUCUAGACACCGUCCGAGCCUUGAAAUCACAGAAAUCUUACAAUGAGCCCCCGACUCUCGAGGCUGCCAAGCCAGGAGUGUGUGUGCCCGGCCAGUUCGUUACCACCAGAUUCUAGAGUGUGGACAGUACCAUAUGUAGCUCAAGAAACCUGACACGAGCCCUUCUUUGCUAAAGAUGUGGAACUUCCUAUCUUCCUCCAACCUUCUUCAUAUGGAUUAGCUACCGUCAACUCUUUAUGCUUGACAUACUCCCAAAGCGUAAUUUAUACAGUCAGGAGUGUACUCUUAAAGUAUCUGUUCAUUCUGCAGUGGACUGUACUGUUUAGGAUUGGGAUACAUUGUCUUCUAAUACAUCAGCGGGAAGAUACAGUUUUAACUUUCGAGCUAAUCAUUGGAGUAUCUUGUUGCUGCCACUUUCUGAGCACAUCCUGAAUUCCGUGUUCCACC